AUGUCUGGAGGAAGGGCUCUACACCUAAUUCACUUACCUGCUACUGGUAAUGUGGCAGAGAAUUCUUCACCUGAGACUUCAGUGCACAAGUUUUCUGUGCAAUUGUCAGCAUUAUUGUCACCUGUGAUCCCAGGAUAUCCCCUGAUAAUCAACUCCAGUCCCCUCACUGAUGCCUUCAGGGUGAACUGGCUAUCAGGCACUGACUUUGAGGUUGUCACUACUGGGAAGGAACAACUAGAUUUUGAAACAGGACCUAACAUAUUUGAUUUGCAGAUUUAUGUUAAGGAUGGCGUUGGUGUCACUGACCUACAGAUCCUAACUGUCCAGGUAACAGAUGUGAAUGAGCCGCCUCAGUUUCUAGGCAACUUGGCAAAAGGUCUAGACCUCUACAUAGUGGAAGAAGCAAACCCUGGAUUCAGUUACCAGGUUGAGGUCUUCGAUCCAGAAGACACAAGUCGAAAUACACCCCUCAGUUAUUUCCUGAUUUCUUCCUUGAAGAGCUUCAUAAUAUCUGCUAAUGGGACCCUCUUCUCCACAACAGAAUUUGACUUUGAAGCAGGUAGUGACAGUUACCAUCUUAUUGUGAAAGUGAGAGAUAGCCAAGAGCUCAGAGCCUCCACAUCACUGUGGGUGAACAUUGUGAGCAUCAACGAUGAAACACCCCAUUUUACCAGAGUGUACGUGAUUCUGGAGGAGCUGGGUCCAGGAGCCAUCAUGGGUAAUAUCACAGCUGAGGACCCUGAUGACAAAGGUUUCACCAGUUUCCUCCUCUAUAGUAUCACUAUUGUUAACAGCUACUUCAUGAUAAAUUAGUUGACUGGUACCAUCCAAGUGGCCCGCAGGCUAGACUGAGAUGCAGGUGAAUUAAGACAAAAUCCUGUCAUUUCUCUGGAAGUUCUGGUAAAGGAUAGACCCUUUGGGGGCCAGGAGAAUCGCAUGCAGAUAACCUUCGUGGUGAAAGACAUUAAUGACAACCCUGCUACUUGCACGAAAUUCACCUUCAGCAUUAUGGUGCCUGAAAGAGAAGCCAAGGGGACACCUCUGGACCUGAACACAGUCUGCUUUGAUAACGACUAAAGCAAAGCACCAAACAGCCAAUUCAACUUCACCUCAAACAUGCCAUCUGGAGUGAGGAGCCACGGCAGAUUCUUACAGGAUCCAGCUGGCUCUGGGACAAUUGUGGUCAUUGGUGAUCUAGAUUAUAAAAACCCAAAUAAUCUAGCAGCUGGCAAUAAAUACCUGGUGAUAAUUCAGGUACGGGAUGUUGCCUGUCCUUACUACAAAAAUAACAUCUACAUGUAUGUCCUAAUAAGCCCAGAAAAUGAGGUUCCUCUUGUCUUUGAUCAGCUGUCCUAAGUAUUUGAUGUGUCAGAAAUAAGCCCAGUGAGAGCCCGGGUUGGAUGGGUGCAAGCUACUGAUAAAGACUUCCGCAAGAGCAGCACUGUGUACUCCAUCUCUACUGGAGGGGCCAGCCCUCAGUACCCAAAUGUAUUUUGGAUUAAUCCCAAAACGGGAGAACUCCAGCUGGUGACUAAAGUGGACUACGAAACAACCCCCAUCUAUAUUCUCAGAAUCCAGGCCACCAACAAGGAGGACACAAACUCAGUCACUGUUACUGUUAACAUCCUGGAAGAAAAUGAUAAAAAGCCAAUUUGUAUCCCAAACUCUUAUUUCAUGGCCAUCCCAGUGGAUCUGAAAGUUGGCACAAAUGUUCAAAAUUUCAAGCUGAUGUGUACUGAUCGUGAUUCCAGCCCCAGGUCUUUUCGUUGCUCCAUUGGCCUCGGCAAUGUUGACAGUCAUUUCACCUUUCCUCCCAAUGCUGGGUCCAAUGUCACAUGCCUGCUCCUUGAGACUCGCUUUGACUAUAGUGGUGAGCUUGAUAAGAUCUGGGACUACAGACUACUUGUCUACAUAACUGACGUCAACUUGCUGUCUGGCAGGAGGAAAGCUGAGGUCCUGAUUGAAACAGGGACGGUGACACUGAGUAUUAGUGUCAUUCCUCACCCCACGAUCGUCACCACAACCCCCAGGCCCCAGAUCACCUACCAGAUCCUGAGGAAAAAGGUUUAUUCUCCGUCAGCAUGGCAUGUGCCAUUUGUCGUCACUUUGGGCUCCAUAUUGCUUCUGGUUCUCCUAGCGAUUCUGAUUGUCCAGUUGGCCAAAGCCAUCCACAGAUACUGUUCCGGCAAGAUUGGGAAGCAUGAGAAACCUCUGGUGAAGAAAGGAGAAAUGAAGAAUACAAAGAGAGAAGUUGUGGUGGAAACAAUCCAGAUGAACACUGUCUUCGAUGGUGAAGCCUUAGACCCAGUUGCUGGGGCAAAAUAUGUAUUCAAUUCAAAAACUGGAGCCAGAAAGUGGAAAGAUCCCUUAAAGCAAAUGUCAAAGUGGAAGGAGUCCAGCCACCAAGAUGCUCCAAGCAGAGCUGUCUCUGUGGGAGGAACUAGGCCACAAAGGAGCACCGACCAGGAAGGAGAUGGGCUGAGUGACAAAGCACAGGCUGAGGAUACAGCCUCAGGUUCCAGAAACCAGGAUGGCAAGCCAGGUACCCCAAAGAACAGAGACCAACACCUCAAGAGCAGAAUUUCCCCCAAACCACCCCCAGGAAAGUAG